AUGUCAUUUGGAAGUAAAGCAGCUCAAAGAUUAGCCAACAAAAUCAUCUUAAUUACCGGUGCCUCAUCAGGAAUUGGUGAAGCUACAGCCAAAGAAUUUGCUUCAGCUACCAAUGGUCAAGUAAAAUUGAUUUUAGCUGCUAGAAGGGUAGAUAAAUUGACCACUUUGAAAGAUGAUUUGAUCAAACAGUUCCCAAGUAUUAAAGUUCAUUCUUCAGCUUUAGAUGUUAGUGUCAAAAAGUCAAUUACAGAAUUUGUUUCAGGAUUACCAAAAGACUUCGCUGACAUUGAUGUUUUAGUCAAUAAUGCUGGUAAAGCUUUAGGUAGAAGUAAGGUGGGUGAGAUUGAUGAUGAAGAUAUCGAAGGUAUGAUUCAAACUAAUGUUGUUGGUUUGAUCAAUUUAACUAAUAACAUAUUACCAAUCUUCAAAAAGAAAAAUUCCGGUGAUAUUGUCAAUAUUGGUUCAAUUGCCGGUAGAGAUGCAUACCCUGGAGGAUCAGUUUAUUGUGCUUCUAAAGCAGCUGUUAAAUUCUUCUCUACUUCUUUAAGAAAAGAAUUGAUCAAUACUAAAAUAAGAGUUUUAGAAGUAGACCCUGGUCAAGUUGAAACUGAAUUUAGUAUUGUUAGAUUCCAUGGUGAUAAGUCUCAAGCUGAUAAAGUUUACGAAGAUAUGGAUCCUUUAUACGCUGAAGAUAUUGCUGAAGUUAUCGUUUUUGGAGUUUCAAGAAAACAAAAAACUGUCAUUGCUGAAACAUUAGUUUUCCCUACCCAUCAAGCUGGAUCAGGAGUUAUUCACAAGGGACCAUUAGAUGGUAAAUAG